AUGAUGUGCUGUCUCCUGAACAUCCUGCUGGCUUUGCUGAGUCGCUUCCUGUUUGCCGUCCACGGGGUGGUGACAGUGUGGCGCGUGGUGGCCGUUAAAGGAGAGCCGCUCUAUUGGCUGCUGCUGAUGGGCGUGGCUCUUCUAGGCGUGGAAAUGGCCGUCACGUUGAAGUGCACCCGCAACGCAGAGUGGAAAUGGUUCUCCCCCAUGGUUUUCCUCUACCUCAGUACUGUCAUCCCUUCCAUUUGGUUUCUGGAGCUGAGCCUGCUGCAAUCCAAGCUUCCCGUCAACAACUCCUCAGGCCCUGAACUUCAUUUGCUGGCUCACAUCCCUAUCACAGCGGGCAUCGUGGAGCUGGACCCUGAGAACUGGGUGGCUGGUCUGGAGCAGACUAUGCUCAUUGUGUUGGUUCUUGGUCGCUGGCUGAUGCCUAAGGGGGACAUGUCCAGGGACCAGCUCUCCCAGCUCCUCAUGGUCUAUGUGGGACUGGGUGCUGACAUCCUGGACAUCUUCGAUACCUUCAGGGAACCUGAAGUCAAAACUAACCAAGUGGUUGUCAUCAUUGGCUUGUCUAUAUUCUCUUGGGCGCUCAUGCAGUUUCCUCUGGUGCUUACUCAGACGCGACCCCCAAAGGGUGGUCCCCUCUGCUGCCCUGCCUCUCCAUCUUCAUUCAUCUCCUGCUGUUCCAGUGAGGUGUGGAGCUUACUGCUCACAGUGGGACUCCAAGAUGGGCCGUUCCUGCUUUACCGGCUUUACCUCAUGGUGCAAGAGCAGGUACUCAACCAGCUGAUGAUAUUCUUCACCUGCAAAAACAUCCUCAUCGUCCUGUUGGAGCUUUAUCGAAUCUUUGUGGUGCAGUGCAAGCAGCAGGCCGAGGAAUCGGGGUUGGAGAGGUGUGCUGCUUGGGUGCUCCGGUGUCCAAUCCAGGGCUGCAGCAGGGUGGAAGAGAAACAGGAGGAAGUGGGUAGAGAGGAGUGUUAUGGAGAGCAGAGCUGUCAUACAGACAUGGGUCGGGGGUCUGAGAGGGUGGAAGAUCAGAGAGGUGUCCAGGUAGAGAAAGGUUUAAAAUGCCGCGAGGCAUGA